AUGAGAGCAAGGAUCCGGCGUGUAGAGAAGGGAGUUGCGUGGAAGCGUGAAGUCAAUGUGUGCGACCUCAACGAGGCCAGAAACGAUCGACUAUUUCUAUGCAUCAGAAUUAACCUACGCUCUGCGAACUCCCUAUACCUCAGAUUAGCUCAAGAUUGGCUCUGGGUAAUUCAAGCGGCUGUCUUGGUCCAUGUUGCUUGCAGAGUUCUUAGUUUGCAUCAGGUUCGAAAGGUUGAAGCCCGGCCAAUACAAAGAUAG